AUGUGGUAUGCAAACGGAGAAGCUCUGAAUUUCUUCAAAUUCUGACUGGUCAGUUUAGGCUAUACACACUUUGAUUCCUGAAAAUCUUAGCUCACAGCUUCGGGGAGAGCCGAGAUUUUCAACUAUCUACGAGAGAGUAUGAGAAAUAAGGAGAGCGGACAGAGAGAAGACUUUUUGACCGUAACUUUCCCAGUUUCGUGCGGAAAAAAAUGAUUUUUUGUGGAAAGAUUACACUCUACAGUAGAAAUAGCUAUGAAACUUUUGAUGCCAAAAUUCGCAAAAAAGUGUUACGUUUAUGGAGACUUUUGGUCUAAAAAUCUCGGUUGUUUCUGUAAAGCGCGAGCCAAAAGUCUCGCAUCUGUCUUAGAAAAAAAUAUUCUAAAUUUGUCCCGAGUGUCAUUAAAAUCUAAGUGUUGAACUUGUAGUACUUCGCUUGUCAGCAAAUUUUUAUAUGUGAAAUUUAUAAUGACAAAACUCAAACUUUUUCAAUUUGUCAUCCUUUUUCCCGCAACACAACUAUAACAUAAUUGUGAUCCAAAUCCAUUGCAGGUGGCUCCGCCAACAUCCCAAGAUCCUCAACCUGCCAUGGAAGGCGAACGUCAAACGUGCCGAGAAGUCGAACGCGAUUGAUCAGCUGGUCUCCGGGAUCUCCGACGACGAAGACAGCUGGAACACCUACUUCAGCGAGCGAGUCGAGCCGUUCAGCCGAGAGGAGCGGCAGAAAUGGCUGGCGCAGCUGACUGAUGUGGUCGUUUCGUCCGACGCCUUCUUCCCAUUCAGAGAUAAUAUUGACUGUGCGAAACAUGUAAGGGACUGUCGGAGAUUUUGUUUGGUUGAUACAGCGAUGAACCUAAUCCAGUGGCAAAAAACGUAACAUUUUGCAUCCGGGAAGUAUCAAAAAAUGUGGCAAAGUGCCUCCAUCUCCAAGUGAAAAAACUCCGUUUUGAAGGGCUCCCUCACAAAAAAAGAGGCGUGCUUUUGAAAUCGGAGUUUUUUCACUUGGAGAGGGAGGUAUUUUGCCACAUUUUUGAUACUUCCCGGAUGCAAAAUGGUAAGCAUCCCUCUCCAACUAAAAAAACUCCGUUUUGAAAGGGUCCCUCACAAAAAGUUGAAAAAAUGUGGCAAAAUACCUCCCUGUCCACGUGAAGAAAGUCCGAUUUCAAAAGCACACCCCUCUUUUUGUGAGGGACCCUUUCAAAGCGGAGUUUUUUUAGUUGGAGAGGGAUGCUUACCAUUUUGCAUUCGGGAAGUUUCAAAAACGUGGCAAAAUACCUCCCUUUCCAACUAAAAAACUCCGUUUUGAAUGGCUCCCUCACAAAAAGAGGGGCCUGCUUUUGAAUCGGAGUUUCGUCACUUGGACAGGGAGGUAUUUUGCCACAUUUUUUGACACUUCCUGGAUGCAAAAUCUUACGUUUUUUGCCACUGGAUCAGGCCCGCCACUGUAAUGGGUCUCAGCAACUUGUUUUGCUCAUAACUUGAGAAGUAAUGGAUGAAAAUUUAGAAAAAUUGUAUUUUUAGAAUCCUGAGAGACUUGUUUGUUAAUAUGCAUGUUUUUUUGGACAUUGAAAAUACCUUGAGGCCAAUUUUCAGACAAUUUUCUGAUGGCAUUUUCUUUAGUGCGGAUGCCAAAACUGGCCAAUUUCUUUAGCAAUUAGUUGAAAAUUAAUGGCUGAAAAUUUAAAAAAUCAGUAUUUUUCCUGUUCCAUGGGACCUUUCUUUUUAUUUUUUCACAACGAAAAAGCCCUUAGGCCAAUCUUUCAACAAUUUUUUUUUAUUUUAUUAAUAUUUUUUUCUAUUGUGGGCAUGCCAAAACUGAGCAACUUUUUUUGCCCAUAACUUGCGUAUUAAUAAAGCAAAAUUUUAAAAAAUAAUAGCCUUAGGACCCCUUGUCAUCUUAUUUUUCAACAUGUAACUUUUUAGGGAAAAAGUCCCUCCGGCAAUCUGAAAUUUUUGCAAAAUUCAAAAAUUUUCACCUUGGUCCCCCCUUACCAUUUUUUCAAAUGAAAAAAAUUUUUUAUUUUAUCUUUUUUUAUUUCCAAAAUUUUUCAGUUCGGCGUGAAAUACGUCGCCAGUCCCGGCGGCUCCACCCGCGACGAAGACAUCAUCAAGGCCUGCAACGAACACGGAAUGGUCCUGAUCCACACCGGCCUCCGCCUCUUCCAUCAUUAA